ACUAUCGAGUCCAUUCUGCCCGUGAGUACACUUUGUUUGGCCCUUCAAUUGAAACCUAUCUGAUAUGGAAGGCCCUACCGAUAGCAAUUGCCAUCGCCAGCAUAGCUCGCAACCUUAGGGCACGCAAGCUUCUCCCGCACGACAAGGGUGUUCGUGGUAAAGGAUACUGGAGUAUUUUGCUGAAAACACAACAAUGCGCAUGCCUAAUUGCAUGCGGUAUUGAAUGGUGUUGA